GGAGGUCUUGUUUCCGGAAGAGGUUGCAAGGCUGUGGUGAAGGCAGGUGCAACCCAGCCUCCCGCUCAAGCUACACCCUGGCCCUCCACACACGAGGCCCUGCAGAACUCUGGAGAUGGUGCCCACAAGGGCAGGAAAGGACAAGUCGGGAGCCGCUGUCCUGAGGGCACCAGCUGUGCGGGAGCCAAGACCUGAGGGUGGAAGAGUCCUCUUAGAAUGGGGAUUGCCCAGCAAGGUGUACCGCUACUGGUGCUACCCCAAAUUCCCAUCUCUCCCUGCUCUCCGCCUGGGCUUUGGGCCUUAGCUCCUCCCUGGGCUUGGUAGAGGACAGAUGUGAGGCCCUCAUGGGAUGUUGGCUGUCUGAGAGUGGAGUGGAAAGAGGAAGGGGUGAAGGAGCUGUCUGCCAUUUGACUAUGCAAAUGGCCUUGGACUCAUGGGACCCUGUCCUCCACACCAUGGGCAGGGUGGAGUGGAGGGGGAGCUACUAGGCUGGUAUAAAAGUCUUACUUCCUCUAUUCUCUGAGCCGCUUCUGCCCCCGUGGGAAGGGACCUUGAGUGUGAAGCAUCCUUCCCUGCAGCUGCUGUCCAGUCUGCCCGCCAGACCCUCUGGAGAAGCCCCUGCUCCCCAGCAUGGGUUUCUGCUGCAGCGCCCUGCACCCUCUGUCUCUCCUGGUGCAGGCCAUGGUACUGGCCACGACCCUGGCCCUGGGUACCUUGCCUGCCUUCCUACCCUGUGAGCUCCAGCCCCACGGCCUGGUGAACUGCAACUGGCUGUUCCUGAAGUCUGUGCCCCACUUCUCCGCGGCAGCACCCCGUGGCAACGUCACCAGCCUUUCCUUGUCCUCCAACCGCAUCCACCACCUCCAUGAUUCUGACUUUGCCCACCUGCCCAGCCUGCGGCGUCUCAACCUCAAGUGGAACUGCCCGCCGGUUGGCCUCAGCCCCAUGCACUUCCCCUGCCACAUGACCAUCGAGCCCAGCACCUUCUUGGCUGUGCCCACCCUGGAAGAGCUAAACCUGAGCUACAACAGCAUCACGACUGUGCCUGCGCUGCCCAAAUCCCUCAUAUCCCUGUCCCUCAGCCACACCAACAUCCUGGUGCUAGACUCUGACAGCCUCGCCAGCCUGCACAGCCUGCGCUUCCUAUUCAUGGAUGGCAACUGUUAUUACAAGAACCCCUGCAGGCAGGAACUGGAGGUGGCCCCAGGUGCCCUCCUUGGCCUGGGCAACCUCACCCACCUGUCACUCAAGUACAACAACCUCACUGUGGUGCCCCGCAACCUGCCUUCCAGCCUGGAGUAUCUGCUGUUGUCCUACAACCGCAUCAUCAAACUGGCGCCUGAGGACCUGGCCAAUCUGACCGCCCUGCGUGUGCUCGAUGUGGGCGGAAAUUGCCGCCGCUGCGACCACGCUCCCAACCCCUGCAUGGAGUGCCCUCGUCACUUCCCCCAGCUACAUCCCAAUACCUUCAGCCACCUGAGCCGUCUUGAAGGCCUGGUGUUGAAGGACAGUUCUCUCUCCUGGCUGAAUGCCAGUUGGUUCCGUGGGCUUGGAAACCUCCGAGUGCUGGACCUGAGUGAGAACUUCCUCUACAAAUGCAUCACCAAAACCAAGGCCUUCCAGGGCCUAACACAGCUGCGCCAGCUCAACCUGUCCUUCAAUUACCACAAGAGGGUGUCCUUUGCCCACCUGUCUCUGGCCCCCUCCUUCGGAAGCCUGGUCGCACUGAAGGAGCUGGACAUGCACGGCAUCUUCUUCCGCUCACUCGAUGAGACCACGCUCCGGCCACUGGCCCGCUUGCCUGUGCUCCAGACUCUGCGUCUGCAGAUGAACUUCAUCAGCCAGGCCCAGCUUGGCAUCUUCAGGGCCUUCCCUGGCCUGCGCUAUGUGGACCUGUCAGACAACCGCAUCAGCGGAGCUUCAGAGCUGACAGCCACCAUGCAGGAGGUGGACGGAGGGGAGAAGGUCUGGCUGCAGCCUGGGGACCUUGCUCCAGCCCCAGUGGACACUCCCAGCUCCGAAGACUUCAGGCCCAACUGCAGCACCCUCAACUUCACCUUGGAUCUAUCACGGAACAACCUGGUGACCGUGCGGCCGGAGAUGUUUGCCCAGCUCUCACACCUGCAGUGCCUGCGCCUGAGCCACAACUGCAUCUCGCAGGCAGUCAAUGGCUCCCAGUUCCUGCCCCUGACCAGUCUGCAGGUGCUGGACCUGUCCCACAAUAAGCUGGACCUGUACCACGAGCACUCGUUCACGGAGCUACCGCGACUGGAGGCCCUGGACCUCAGCUACAACAGCCAGCCCUUUGGCAUGCAGGGCGUGGGCCACAACUUCAGCUUCGUGGCCCACCUGCGCACCCUGCGCCACCUCAGCCUGGCCCACAACAACAUCCACAGCCAAGUGUCCCAGCAGCUCUGCAGCACGUCGUUGCGGGCCCUGGACUUCAGCGGCAAUGCGCUGGGCCGUAUGUGGGCCGAGGGAGACCUCUAUCUGCACUUCUUCCAAGGCCUAAGUGGAUUGAUCUGGCUGGACUUGUCCCAGAAUCGUCUGCACACCCUCCUGCCCCACACCCUGGACAAACUCCCCAAGAGCCUGCAAGUGCUGCGUCUCCGUGACAAUUACUUGGCCUUCUUUAAGUGGGGGAACCUCAUCCACCUACCCAAACUGGAAGUCCUUGACCUGGCGGGAAACCAACUGAAGGCCCUGACCAAUGGCAGCCUGCCCGCUGGCACCCGGCUCCGGAGGCUGGACGUCAGCUGCAACAGCAUCAGCUUCGUGGACCCCGGCUUCUUUUCCAAGGCCAAGGAGCUUCGAGAGCUCAACCUCAGUGCCAAUGCCCUCAAGACAGUGGACCCCUCCUGGUUUGGGCCCCUGGCGAGUGCCCUGCAAAUACUAGAUGUCAGCGCCAACCCUCUGCACUGUGCCUGUGGGGCGGCCUUUAUAGACUUCCUGCUGGAGGUGCAGGCUGCCGUGCCUGGUCUGCCCAGUCGGGUGAAGUGUGGCAGUCCAGGCCAGCUCCAGGGCCUCAGCAUCUUUGCGCAGGACCUGCGCCUCUGCCUGGACGAGGCCCUCUCCUGGGACUGUUUCACCCUCUCGCUGCUGGCUGUGGCUCUGGGCCUGGGCGUGCCCAUGCUGCAUCACCUCUGUGGCUGGGACCUCUGGUACUGCUUCCACCUGUGCCUGGCCUGGCUUCCCUGGCGGGGGCGGCAAAGUGGGCAAGGUGAGGAUGCCCUGCCCUAUGAUGCCUUCGUGGUCUUUGACAAGACACAGAGCGCAGUGGCAGACUGGGUGUACAAUGAGCUUCGGGGGCAGCUGGAGGAGCGCCGUGGGCGCUGGGCACUCCGCCUGUGCCUGGAGGAGCGCGACUGGCUGCCUGGCAAGACCCUCUUUGAGAACUUGUGGGCCUCGGUCUAUGGCAGCCGCAAGACGCUGUUUGUGCUGGCCCACACGGACCGGGUCAGUGGCUUCUUGCGUGCCAGCUUCCUGUUGGCCCAGCAGCGCCUGCUGGAGGACCGCAAGGAUGUCGUGGUGCUGGUGAUCCUGAGCCCUGAUGGCCGCCGCUCCCGCUAUGUGCGGCUGCGCCAGCGCCUCUGCCGCCAGAGUGUCCUCCUCUGGCCCCACCAGCCCAGCGGUCAGCGCAGCUUCUGGGCCCAGCUGGGCAUGGCCCUGACCAGAGACAACCACCACUUCUAUAACCGGAACUUCUGCCAGGGACCCACGACUGAAUAGCCCUGAGCUGGAAUCCUGCACGGCGCCACCUCCACGCUCACCUCACCUCUGCCUGCCUGGCUCUGACCCUCCCCUGCUUGCCUCCCUCACCCCACACCAGGCACAGAGCAGGCACUCAAUAAAUGCUGCCGAAGGCUA